AUGGGUGACCCUCCGAAGCAGCAUCGGAAGAGGCCGAAGAAGUCAGUUCCUGGCUUCAACGACGACUCGGAGCACCGAAGAGCUCUGCAGCGCCAGCCACGUGGACGGCAACCACGCACCGGCAGACCGCCUCCUGCUUUGCGAUGGAAACGCGGGCUGAAAGCACGUACGCUACGUGCACUGUCGGCUGACUCGACGAGCUCCACGCCGUCAUGCCCGCCUACGCAAGUGAGUGCGACGCCUUCCGCGCGCGCCCCAUCUGCCCUGGACACUCCCUUCCGCGCAUUUCCUUUUGAUGCGCCGAAGACGACUGCCAGCGGCCACCACGCCGCACCGUCCGCUUCAACGGACACCACCGCAGAGGCCCCCACUUCGGCUGCCUCUACCGACGACGGUGCCAGCUGCCCGUCGACCGGCGACACUGACGAGAGUGCCGGCACCUUCUUCUUGCCAACCGCAGGUAUGAUUGGUGCCGACACCACGUCCUCCCGCACGGACGCGACCAACUCGCCCGAGGCAAGUCCUGUCCGGCUGGAUUCUCCAUCACUGUCGUCGCCAGCGGCCUGCUCGUCGCCCCCGCUCACCAACAUCGAGCCCACCGCACCUGCGGUGGGGGAGGGCUCGCACUCGGCGGCGGUGGCUGCUACCGUCGAUGACGACGACCCAGCUGACGGCCCCUCGUCCAACGAGAGCCGGCCGAGAGCGCCCACCCCUGCCCCAGCUGCUGGGGGAACAGGGGAGCUCACCCCCAGAAACUAUCCGCUGCUGCUCGCGGCCGCCGAGGACGCCCAAGCCUGCCAACCGGCAGCGGUACAGCCAAAACAAGCCGCACGAAGGAGACGCCGUUACCGACGGUUCGUCGGCUUCGAGCCGCACACCCCACCCGUUGACGGCCGUGUCGCUCCGGAUACGAACGUGACGGUUCUCUACCGACCCAUCGAGCGCAGGGCCACUUUUCUGGCCCUCUCGCGGGAUCGUAUCGCCGCCCAGCUGUCCGCCGUACCCGGCGUGAGACGCGUCCGCGUCAAUUUCCGCCGAAAUGUGGUGGCUGCUGACGUGACGCGCGGUGCCGACUUGGCGCCCCUCCUCGAAGUGUGCGACAACGGUGACGUCGCGGUGGGCCCCAAGGCGCUACACAACAACUCCUGUGUGGGCAUCAUUCAUGGGGUCGACCCUUCUUUCGACGCCCGCACAGUCCGAGACAACCUUGAAGCCCCCGUCGCGGUGCUUUCUUGCUCAAGGAGUGGCACAAGCGUCACCGUAACCUUCGUCGGGAGCGUCGUGCCGACUAACGUGCGGCUAUUCAAACAGCUGCGCGCCGUUCGUGCCCAGAAGCCACGGUGCAUUAACUGCGGCGGCCGUCACUCGACGACUGAGCCGAGCUGCCCUGAGUGGCAGCGCGAGAGAAAGGCGGCCGUGUUGCUGUCAUCGUCCGAGCGGCCCCUUUCGCGCAAGAAAGCGUUAGAGCUGGCCGGCGCCGCAUCGGCCGAGCCGCAUACGGCCACUCCGUCCACAUCUCACAACUCGCAGGGCCGAUCUUACAGUGACGCCCUGCGCGGCCGCAACAUCCAGACAGCUGCGGCUGAGCCAUCACUCGGUCCUUCAACCGCGCCGAGCAGCGACCCCAGCGACGCUUUGAUAGCCGCUCUCGCGGCUGCACGGCUGCACUCCGUGCCCUCCUUGUCCAGUGCACAGCGAUCGACGGCAACGUACGUGAAAUGUGUGACGCGGCUCUCGCCGCGCAGGAAGCACUGCUUCAUCAUGAAUAGGCGCAUCACCGUGCCACAUUAG